UGAAUACAGAGAUGGACUCAAGACUUGUUUGUCUGAUUCUCCUUGCUGUUGUCCAUAAUGGUUCAAUUUGUGCCCGGCCACAUCCUAGCAAUGGAUUACGGGAAUGCCGCAAAAACUUCAGCCUUCUGGCUCUGGAGGUCAUACCUGGUGGGGGCUGGGACAAUCUUCGGAACCAGGAUAUGGGUCGAGUCAUGAACUUCAGUUACUCCCAAUGCCAGACCACCGAAGAUGGCGUCUAUCUGAUCCCAGACGAGGUGUUUGUCAUCCCGCAGAAGAUGACUGCCAUGGAGAGAAGCUCAGAGUUUUUUGAAAGCUGGCUAAACUACACCAGUUCAACCUCACAAACCAUCAAUGCUGAUGCUUCUUUCUUCCCAGUCCUUAAUGCAAAGUUCUCCACCGACAGUCAACGUACCAAAAGUUAUCAGCAGGGCAACGAAGCUGUGACAUCUCGUGUGCAGGUGAGAAACCACAUUUACACAGUGGAGGCAUUUCCUGACUUCACGCUGGACUCACGUUUUAUUCAGCAAGUGAAAGAAAUAGCAGACGCACUGCUAAAGAACGACACUCGACGUGCAACAUUCCUCUCGGAGAUGAUGGUGGUUGAUUAUGGCACCCAUGUCAUCACCUCAGUGGAUGCAGGUGCCACUCUGGAGCAGGAAGAUCAUAUUGAUACGUAUUAUUAUUCCUCAAUUGACAAAACUAAACUGUCUAGUUGGGGCAGUUUAAACUUUUUCAAAGUCAUUGACUUUGGCAUGGACACAAAAGAGAGUGAAGAGGGUACAGAACUUAAAACAUACGUGACCUACCUCACACACUCACGAACGCAAAGCCACGGAGGGCCUGUAUUCUACCCAGGGAUCACUUUAAAGACCUGGCAAGAGAGCACGCUAAACAAUCUCAUUGCUAUAGACAGAGCAGGUCUUCCUCUGCAUUAUAUUCUGAACAGUGCAACUCUUCCAGACCUACCAGAGGCUACCAUAGAAAAUGUGGCCCAGUCUGUGCGCAAGGCCAUACAGUUGUACUAUGAUGUUAAUAAACGACCAGGAUGUGUAGACCCCAAUUCGGAAAAUUUCAAUUUCCAAGCUAAUGUCGAUGACAACUCUUGUACUGGGCCAGAGACUAUCUCAAGCCUCGGUGGUAUAUAUCAAACAUGUACACCCAAAGAUGAGGAUUCAGCUUCGAUUUGUUCAGGGCAAGAAGUGAAGAAUCCAGACACUGGAGCCUUCUCAUGUGGUCACCCUUAUUUCCCCACACUUUUACAGUCUGUCCUGAUUGAGGAGCUUUGCAAUUACACUGUGACUACUCAAAUUUGUCAUGGAGUUUGGAUUUUUAAAGAAUGCUAUGAUGCUAAUGAAGUUAAGUAUUAUGUUAAGAGUGCCGAAGUCAACACGUACUGGUGUGCCACAAACGAAAAAACAGACGAUUCCUCAGGGUACCUCUUUGGUGGUCUGUACAGCCCAAAUGUCGACAAUCCAUUAACUAGGUCUAAGGGGUGUCCACUUGAUUUUGUGGACUUAAAAUUUCUGUCCAGUGAUUUUAAGAUUUGUCUGAGUAAAGAUUCGGAGGUCCCUUCAUUUCCUGUGUCUUUUGGAGGCUUUUGGAGCUGCAGGGCUGGAAAUCCCCUGGCCGGGUUUCAGUUUCGCUGCCCACCGGAGUUCAGUCAACACCUCGCCACUAUAGACGAUGGGUGCCAAAUUAUGUACUGUGUGAAGUCUGACAAAUUUACAGGUGGGCCGUUGAAACCAAUCAACUUGCCCCCAUUCACUCAUCCAUCACGUAUCAGAAAGGUAAACAACAUCACCAUGCCAGUUAUGAUAACCGAAGGAGAUCAGGUGUGGCUUCGGAAAGGAAAUUCAAAUUCUUGGCAACAGGUCAAGUCAGGGGAAGAUACAAAUGUGAGACAGGCCCACAUGUCAGAGGGGGGGAAGACUUUUAUAGGAUUAUUAGUCACAUUUUGUAUCAUUCUAGUUACUGGAAUAGUAGUAAAGCGGAAAUUCAGGGGCUGUCGUAGAGAGGGAUCUGAGGCCUUUAAUGAAAAUCGCAGGGAGGGCUAUGAGGCUUUCCCAGACAAUCAGCCCGAUUUAAGAGUGUAGAAAGACCAACUAUGUCCAGAUUACACUGAUCUAUUAUAGCUAUAGCAUACAUUCUUUUAGAUUAGGCAUCAGGGAAAAAGCCUUGAUUUAUGAUUAUACUGCUGGACAAAACUAUUUACUCUUUUGGUAUACAUACAUUUGGCUGGUAUGCUACCCUAAUUGGGUAUCACUGCUCUAUUGGUUUCUCUAUUGGGUAUCACUGCUCAUGUCACGUAACAAUUGAAGACCGAAGAGCGUCUCGGAGUGGGGAUACGCCUCUUCCGGUCAAAGUUUUAUAGGCGUUUUACAAUGGCGGAACCCGAUCGAUACCGCUGUACCAAAUCUCUUCACAACUUGCCUAGAGUCACAUACGAAGAUGUGGCUCGGAUCGUUAAUGAACACUCCCAAGUAGAAACAUCUAAACUGAGAAAGGGGUACAAGUUCUUCUGGGAGAAAUUCAUUUUCUGAUGACUAUUCAGAUCUAUUUGGGUUCCUAAAGGAGUAUAUGUGUACAACAAAUAAUUGGGGCUACUUUCAAGAAACUUAAUUUUCACUAAGGAUCACUGAGUUACAGGUUUUGAAUCUCUGUGUCUUUUAUGCUUUUGUUUUAGUUAUUCAAUUGUAUGUACUUUACUUUGUUGCCUUUGUAUGCUCUUAUAUUCUAUGAAAUACAGUCUAAAUAAACUUACCUGUGAAACUC